GCUGCUGCUGCUGCUGCCUGGAAAUCAGGGUUUUCACUGAGUGAGCCACCCAGAGGGAAUGUGAGCGCUCUGCAGCGUAUAAAAGCAGCAGGCUGCAGCCGAGAGGAGCAGAGACAUGCUUGUGCAACGUAACGGAGGAGGCAGCUCAACGCCGAGAGGAGAGUUUCUGCACAGUGUGUGUCUGUUGCAUAAUGAGGAAACAGUUCAGGUGAAGAAGACGUCUGAAGGGAGGACGUGAAGAGCGACCUCAUCCGUGUCACAGCUUCAGUUAUGAGUCAUUGUCUUCAUCAAAGUGGUCGUGAUUGUCUCCAUGGAUUUCUUAUUCCAAAGAAUCGCCUCAGCCAGAGGAACCGCAUCGGGCCCGGGGCUCGGUAGUGAUGCUGGCGAUGCAACACAACAGCCCCUCAGGUAAUAUCACCCCCUCCCCCGUCUCUAACCACACCACCAUGGUGCCUGAGGGGGAGGCCGUCGCUCGUAAUGACACCCUUCCACCGAUCAACCCCACGGCGGCCGGCCUCAGCAUGACUCUGGGCAUCCUGUUCAACGUGGUGGCCCUGAUCAUUCUCGCCAAGGCUUACAACCGCUUCCGUCGCCGGUCAAAGGCCACGUUCCUGCUCUUCGCCAGCUCCCUGGUGGCGACGGAUCUGGCUGGACAUGUCAUCCCCGGAGCCCUCGUGUUGAGAAUAUACUCUGCAGUUGCUGGUUCCACAACGGACACCAGAUUAAGUCGGGACCCUGAUGCCUCGUGUCUGUUUCUGGGAGGUUGCAUGGUGUUCUUCGGCCUGUGCCCACUUUUCCUGGGUUGUGCCAUGGCUGGUGAGCGCUGUCUGGGCGUCACGAGGCCUCUACUACACGCACGCCUGGUGACCACAGCACGGACUAAAAUGGCACUGACCCUCAUCUGGCUACUGGCGUUAUGCGUGGCCAUGCUGCCCUUCUUCAGCCUGGGGGCCUACACCUACCAGUACCCAGGGACGUGGUGCUUCAUCAGGGUGAUGGAGGACACUGAGGCCACGGACCUGGCCUUUGUGAUGCUGUUCUCUGGACUCGCGCUGGGUUCUCUGGCCAUGGCCUUUGUGUGUAACACCAUCAGCGGGAUCACGCUGGUGCGAGCCCGGCUAAAGAAGAGGUGCAGCUCCCAGCGCCGCUCGGCCACGUCCCAUGACACGGAGAUGGUGGUGCAGCUGGUUGGCAUCAUGGUCACCUCCUGCAUCUGCUGGAGCCCUCUGCUGAUCUUUGGAGUGAUGUCGGCCAUGCGGUCGUACAGCGGCUCCCCGAGCGGUGACCGGGCCACCUACCGGGCUCUGAUGGUGACGGGCGUCAGGAUGGCGACCUGCAACCAGAUCCUGGACCCCUGGGUCUACAUCCUGCUGCGGCGGGCCAUCCUCAGGAAGAUCUACCGCAUCACCAAGAAGCAGGCCAGUUUCAAGGGAAGCACGUUCCGCACCACCCGCUGGGACGUCAGCUCCUUUCAGAACUCGGAGAAAACCAGUGUCAAUAAGAUUUAGAGGAUCGGAUGCUCUGAUGGUCAGAACUGAACCUGGCAGCUUUUCAUCCUGAGCUGACUUCGGUCUCAAAAGGUCCCGGAUGAAAAGAGAUUUUCCUUCUACUUAUGAAGCAUAGACUGUAAAUAAAGAUGGACGACAUGACAGCUGCUUAAAGUGAUGCCAAGGUGUCUUCAUCGCCCCCUGGUGGCUGGCUGCAGCAUUGGUUACAAACCCCACCUCCCCAAUAACUUUUUCUCAAAGAUGAUAUCUGUAAUAUUUCUGGGACAUUUGGUUAAAAUGAAUUAUUUAAUCAUAUAAAAACGGGUGAAUCAUUAUGAUUGUUAGCUGAGACUGACUCACGAUUGGUGGAGUGACCC